UAAACGAAUCGGAGAGGUGUUAAUAAGACGAACGAUACGUUUCUUAGUCCGGGUUAAGUAAAGGAUAGGCGAUGAAGGGAAUAUACGUCGCCAUCGCCUUCCUGGCAGCUUCGGCCGUGAACGUCGUGAACUCCGAUCAGGAUUUUUCGGAAGAAGGCUUCUUGGAUGACAUUCCUACAAAAUGCCCAUUGCCACAACCAAAUUGGAGGAACACCACAACCAACAUCCCGCAUGAAAAUGAUUGCGUGUUGUUUUACAAGUGUAAUCUGGGACGAGGUUUCAGGCAAAUAUGUCCCUUGAUGAUCAAAGGAGAUCCAGUGUCAAGAUUGCAUUACAAUAGACGCCUGCAGGUUUGUGAUUGGCCAUGGCAGGCCGGUUGCGCAAGUUGCUCAAUACAGUAUCCAAAUGGAACAUUUCCGCCGCCGGAAAAAAUAAAUAAUCCAACGAACGAUUGCCAGUACCUAGAGUGCAUAGAAGGACAAGCACACGGACCAUAUAAUUGUCCACCUGGUACAUGCUUCAGUCGCACAUGUCAGGAAUGUGUUCAGGACAGGACUAAUGGAAAAUGCGAUCAACCUAUAAAUCCACCAUGCAUAGAAGGCAAUCAAAGAUUGCAUGAUUGUUACUGCGAUGUUUAUGAAAAAUGUACAAGAAUUAACGGACAACUUCUUUGGAUCUCGCAGAAAUGCGAGGGUGGUUUACAUUUUAGCACCACAAGAAACGAAUGUCUGCCAGCGAAUGAAGCUAAUUGUCCACACAUAAUCCACACAUAAGGCAUCUAUAAGGCAGAAAAAAAUU